UUGAAGCAACCGCUUCAAAUACUGUCACGUUUAACUCCAGCAGACUGAAUACGUCUUAUAACGGCAAUAUGAAGAAUCCCAGGACACAUGGAAUGGAUAAAGAUGAAGAGGAGAUGAAUACCAAUGCUGACGCUCAUGAUGCUAUAAACAACCAUGAUGUCUGGACAGAAACGGAGAACUCAAACACCAAGAGAUGGCAAACACCUCAAUACACAGGAAGUGAGGGUGUGGAGAUUAGAAGGUCCAAAGCAGCUGUAGUGUGUCUGGUGCUGCUGUGUGUUCUUCUGCUGACUGAAGUCAUAAUAUUGUGUGUCCACAUCCAUGCAAACAACAUAAACUACAUGGAAGACCAGCUACUAAUCACUGAUACCAACCUCACAGACGAGAGAGACCAGCUAAUAACCAACAAAACCAACCUCACAGAAGACAGAAAUGGGGUUCAAACCAAUGAAACCAAACUUGCGGAAGAGAGAGACAGGCUACUAAAUAACAAUACCAACCUUGGUGAAGAGAGAGACGGGCUACUAACCAAUGAAACCAACCUCGCAAAAGACAGAGAUGGGCUACUAAUUAACAAUACCAACCUCGGUAAAUACAGAGAGGUGCUACUAACCAACGAUACCAACCUCGCAGAAGAGAAAGACGGGCUAUUAACCAACGAUACCAAGCUCACAAAAGACAAAGAUGGGCUACUAAUUAACAAUACCAACCUCGGUCAAGACAGAGAGGGGCUACUAACCAACGAUACCAACCUCGCAGAAGAGAAAGACGGGCUAUUAACCAACGAUACCAACCUCACAAAAGACAGAGAUGGGCUACUAAUUAACAAUACCAACCUCGGUGAAGACAGAGAGGGGCUACUAACCAACGAUACCAACCUCGCAGAAGAGAAAGACGGGCUACUUACCAACUAUACCAACCUCGCAGAAGAGAGAGAAACGCUACUAACCAAUAUCACCAACCUCACAGAAGAGAGAGACCAGCUAUUAACCAACAAUACCAACCUCAUUAAAGAGAGAGACCAGCUAGUAACCAAGAACAUGCAAUUGACAAAAGAGAAAGAUGUAUUAUUAGCAAACAACCGUGACCUAAUUAAACAAAGAGACCAGUUAAAUUAUGAGAAAAGAGAAUUGCUGAACAUGGAUGGAUGGCUUUACUAUCGAUCGCAUUUUUACUACAUUUCCUCUCAAAAGAAGAACUGGUAUGACAGCAGAAGAUAUUGUACGGACAGACGAGCAGAUCUGAUCAUCAUAAACAACAGAGAUGAACAUAACUUUUUUAAAAAGAUGUCUUGUGGUGCUCAUGCCUGGAUUGGUCUGACUGACAGACAUGCGGAGGGCAGAUGGAAAUGGGUCGACGGCAGCAACCCUGGUUUCAGGUCGUGGGCUGUUACAGAGCCCAAUAGUAUCGGAGGCAAUGAAGAUUGUGCUGUAACUCAUUCAUUAGGAUGGGCUGAUUUUCCAUGUCAUCGUGCUUUUCAAUGGAUCUGUGAGAGGAACAGUUUAAGAUAAAUCAUUACAUGAACUUCCGAUUUAUGUCAUAUCAUACAUAAAGGCAUUUUUUUCCAAAUAAAAAACUAUGUAAAGGCAAUUGGGAACAAGUGGAACGUGUUAUUGCUGUUUCUUCAUGUUUUCUUUUGUUCUCUUUAUUUUCUUUCAUUUUAUUACAUGAAGGUUACAUUAAACUAAGAAUGUUUUUACAAUCCAUUUUUACUUGUUUUGUUUUCAAUGCAUAGA